AGAGAGGCCAUACGUGUCCUCCGCGACAGAACGGAGUUACGAUCAUUCCUAGUCCACAAGAGGGCCGACGAAGUGCACGGGUGUCUCUAUUUUACUCUCCGUCGCCAGAGACUAUCGGAGUUCCGUCUUCCAGAACGUUUGUGUUUAUAGUGUUGUGAUUCUUGGAUCAAAGACACUCCGUCAUGCCGCCGAACGAUUUUCGCGCAGGAUUGAAAAAAUGGAUGCAAGGAGAAGGUACUAUGAAGAAUGCUCUCAUCGUCGGAUUGGCGGAGCUGAUCGGUACAGCUAUGCUAGUGUUCUUGGGAUGUAUGGGUUGUAUUGCUGGUCUCGGUGUCGUGCCUUUUCAUUUACAGAUAACGGUGACAUUUGGUUUAACAGUUAUGAUUGUAAUUCAGUGCAUUGGUCAUCUCAGUCAAGCUCACAUUAAUCCAGCUGUCACUGUGGGAGCUGUCAUUCUUGGGAAAAAAACAAUUUCUGAAGCUUUAGUUUACUUUGUGUCACAAAUGAUAGGUGCCAUUCUGGGUUACGGUAUGUUGAAGGUAGUGACACCGAAGGAUAAUCUGACGGCUGGUAAGGUUGAUCAAGCCGAUAUGUUUUGCGUGACUAGUUUACACGCUGAUCUAUCUACGAUUCAGGGCUUGAUUGUCGAAGGGAUCGCGACUGCCAUUCUGAUGAUGGUAGUGUGCUCUGUUUGGGAUCCAAGAAACGAGAAAAAUACAGACUCAGUGCCGAUUAGGUUCGGUUUUACGGUAAUUGUGCUAGCGACCGCGACUGGACCUUACACCGGUUGCAGCCUGAAUCCCGCGAGGUCGUUCGCGCCAGCAUUAUGGAAUAAUCAGUGGAGGCAUCAGUGGGUCUAUUGGUUUGGACCAAUCGGCGGCGCUCUGAUUUCCUCAUACAUGUACAAAUCUAUCUUCGGUGUUCCUGAAAAAAUCGAGGAAGAAGAACCUGUACCUGAAGCUAUCGCACUUAACAGCGUGGAUCCCCACAAAACAGAGCAGUCCUAAUUUGAUGGCAAGGACAGGCACGAAUUAACGGACAAUAAGAAGCUAAAAUUUGGUCGAUGCUUUCUCAAUGCGAGAAAAAUCUUCCGGACUUGCGGAGAUAGGGUAAGAUAAGUAUUUAGAACACAUGGAUGAGUCCAGAUGGCCAGGAUCGCGAGGGAGUUUCCGAGGCUCAACCAGGAUAUACUCACAAUACCUGGAAUACACAGGAUAGACAAUCGUCUCGAUUCAACUGAGAGCUGAAUAGUACGUGUUAGUCGUCAACGUAAAUUGACGCAGCAGUCAUCACAUAUGUACAUCAUGUACAACCGCAAGUCAUGCCGUUUCUCAUUGUCAGUCAACUGUAGAAAUGCACAUCAUUAUAAAUCAUUGCUCUCGACAAUCCGGUGUAAACUUAAUUGAAUUAAAGUAAAAAACGAGAACGUAUCGUAAUUGUGGAAACGUAAAAUAAGGCAAAGAAAAACAUAACGUAAUUCCAUCCACACAAUAACUUUUCACGACUUACGUAUACGUAUACGUAUACGUUUUUCUUUGUUUUACCUGACGUGACCUGUUCACGACCACGAUAGUUAUAUCUCGUUCUCUGCCAUCAGCUUAAAACAAUAGUAAGUGAAAAUCAACAUCAUUUGAAUCAACAUUCAAAUUGAAUUAAAACUUGAAUGUGACCCAAUUAGGUUAAUAUAUCUCCAAUUUCAUCGAGUCUAAUUAAGUGUAGCGUGAUGUCUGCCUAUUUAUUCAGGGAUUUAGACUGUCUCGGUAAAAUUCUUGUGUGAUGCGUGAAAGCAAUCUUGACACAGUGCCCUCGUAAUCGCGAUAAAACGUUAAUUGUAAUUAUAUAAAAUAUGAAAUUAAUUCCAAGUGAAUCGUUAUUUCGCCACUUUCUCUCUGUAAUAUAGUGUACAUUCAUUUAUUAUAAAUGUCCAAAUCAUUUAAAUGAGUUUAUUGCAUGUGUAUAUAUUUUACUUGCUUUUUUCCAUUCAUUAUGUAUGUACGCUAGAAAUAAGUUACACACCUGCAACUUAAUUGAGAGAAUGUGUAGCGAAAAAAUAAAUUUGUAAAAUGUACCUAGUCAUGCACGCGUGCGCGUUAAUAUUUUAACUUUUGUUAUACGCAGUUUGAAUACAAUGAAUAAAAUUAUGUAAUAUAUAAAA